AUGAGUGGCUACCCAAGUCUUCGUCCAAAGUCUGAUGCCAGUCAGGUUGUUGACCUCCCUAAAGGUCUACAUGGAGUUCCAGAUGCAAUGAUGUUUGGGCUGCAGGCAAGCAGAGCUUCCCAGGGACUGAAGUCGGUCCAUCCUCUGCAGGCGACUGAGGAACAGUGGCAGAAUAAUGUGUUAAAAAUGGACUUUGCCAUGUUGAAGAACUCUCAGGGCAUCCAUGCACCACUCAAGCUUCAGAUGGAAAUCUUUGCUGUUUCAAGGAUGCAGCGACUUCCUUGUCUACACAGUUCUAAUAUCAUGUUGGAUACUUUGACUGGCCGGGAUGAUCUCAUCGGAUUUGAAGAUUUUCUCAACAAUCCUGCAGACAGUGAAGUGAUGGGGCAGCCACAUGCAAUGAUGGAGAGAAAGCUGGGAUUACUGUAA